GCAAGACGGACGCCUAAUCCGUCUCCCUCUUCAAAGUCAUCAAAGAAAAAAAGGAAAGGGCAGCACAAUGAAGCAGCAGCAGUGUCCUCUAGUGCACAGCCAGCGGGGUCCAGGCCAAGCGAAAACGUAGCAGGGGCAAGCGCAGCGAGCGACAGAGAUGGAACGGCUACGGUUGCAGACGAAG